AUGGAGAACUUUACGGCUGUCGGAGCAUCGACCACAGAGACAGAAGGUAUCCAUCUGAACUGCAGCAUGUCCGGGAGGCACAACUUCAUCUUCACCCUGAUCCCGGUGGUGUACGGCUGUAACUUUGUCAUCGGCAUGGUGGGGAACAGCAUGGUGGUGGCGGUCAUCUACCGUUACAUGAAGCUGAAGACAGUGGCCAACGUGUUCGUCCUCAACCUAGCCAUCUCAGACCUUACCUUCCUGAUCACCCUGCCCAUGUGGGCCACCUUCACAGCCACAGGCUACCAGUGGCCCUUCGGUGGGUUCCUGUGUAAGGCCAGCGCUGGCCUGGUUAUGUUCAACCUCUACAGCUCCAUCUUCUUCCUCACCGCGCUCAGCAUCGACCGCUACCUGGCCAUCGUCCACCCGGUGAGGUCGCGGCAGCGCCGUACUGUGCUCUACGCCCGUAUCACCUGCGUCCUGGUUUGGCUCUUCGCCCUCCUGCUGUCCGUCCCCACGGCCCUGACCAGAGACCUGAUGCACAUCACCAACUACAACAUCACCACGUGUGGCGUACUGCACCCUGAGGGCUCCAGGCACCUCCUCCUCAUCAUCAGCCUGAUGAAGAGCAUCCUGGGAUUCCUGGUUCCCUUCCUCAUUAUCAUAUCAUGCUACUGCCUGAUUGGUCAAGCCCUGGUCAGGGCGAGGAGCAUCCAGAAGACCACCCGGUCGAGAGACGAUGAGGUGUUGAGGAUGCUGGCGGCAGCUGUCCUGGCCUUCUUCCUGUGUUGGAUGCCUCACCAGGUAUUCCACUUCAUGGAGCUCCUGGCCCAGCUAAAGGUUAUAACUAACUGUGUGAUGGUGGACGUCAUCGACACGGCCAUGCCCUUCACCAUCUGCAUCGCAUUUCUCAACAGCUGUGUCAACCCCAUCCUCUACGGCUUCGUGGGACAGAACUUCAGGAAGAACCUGGUCCUACUGCUCCGCUGCUCCCCCGCUGGCCUGGCUGGGACACAUCCCUCCAUCAUCUCUAAGAUGUCCACCCUGUCCUACCGCCCCUCUGAGGCCCUGCACCUCACCAACAAGAACAAUGUCUGA